AUGGAGAUCUUUCGUAGACUUCAUUGUCUACCUCGCGCAGAAAAACAAGACUUCAAAGCUGCCAAUAAUUUCCAAGACAAUAUUGCCUUCAACAAACCAGCAUGGCAACUUCAUCAAUUUAUCCCAGAUGACGACUUCUUCAAUGCAAGUAAUGCUGUGGAUGGACGUAAGUCUGACCUUCGCGCCUGGCGCGGUCAGUGUGCCAUUUCGGAUAAUGAUCAACGGACAGCCACAUGGAGAGUGGACCUACAGAACAUCCUCAGUAUACGUCACAUUACCAUUUAUUACAGGACAGAAAAUGCUGCAUGGGAAAGAGCAGACGGAGAAUUGUGUUUCCACGACACAAACUACACAAGGGACACCAUACCCGCCGUCCUUAACGUCACUUGUCCAGUUCACGGACAAUACGUCAUCUACUACAACGAAAGAAAACAAGAAGGGGGAAAUCCUGAUGGUUAUAGUCAAUACGCAUUUAAUGAACUCUGUGAAGUAGAGGUUUACGGUUGUCCUGUACCCGGUUACUACGGACCUGACUGUUCCAUCCCAUGCCCUGAUACCUGUCGAUACUGUCACAUAGAGACUGGAGUCUGUCAGGGAUGUAAACCCGGAUACCAGGGACAUCAGUGUGAACUACAAUGUGACGGGCUAAAAUACGGGGCUGGUUGUAAGGAAGACUGUGGAACCUGUCUAGGUUAUACACAGUGUCACCACAUAAACGGAACAUGCCUUCAAGGAUGUCAUUUUGGAUAUGAAGGGAUCCUCUGCAAAACUAAAUGUUCCCCAUGGAAAUUUGGAAAGAAUUGUGCUCAAAAUUGUUCUGAGAAUUGUGUCAAAGAUUCCAUAAUUUGUAAGGGGACGACGGGAGAGUGUAUGGGUGGAUGUCGCCCGGGCUGGGAGGGAUUGCAAUGUAACAUGGUAUGCUUCGAUCGCAAAUAUGGUGAAAAUUGUAGCCAGUCCUGUGGUAGGUGUAAAGGCCAUAAGAAAUGUCAUCACGUCUAUGGAACCUGCUUCGAUGGGUGUGACAGAGGAUUUAAUGGGAUGUUAUGUGGAGAAGAGUGUGAAUCGCAGUACCAUGGGUAUAACUGUGCAGAUAACUGCAGUACAGCAUGUGUCAAUCAAACCUGUAAUUCCAUUGACGGAACGUGUUUACAAAUGAUGACGGUACAAGAACAGAAAGUCGGACCUGAAGAUAUCAAUCUAGUUCCUAUCCUAGGUGGUGUUGUCGGCGUGGCAUUAGCUUGUUUGCUGGUUGUUGUAAUAUUGUUGAUGCUGAGAAGGUACUCACUGCUCGUGUCUACACUAAAACUGAUGUAUAAAGAAGCUGCAAGUGAUUUUUUGUAUCUGUGGAAUCGAAGGUUCAUAUCCUAA